AUGACUCAAAAAGAAGGUGAAAGUGUUACUCAUUUCGCGAGGCGGUUGCGACACCAAGCUAAUUUGUGUGAAUAUGGUGACGCGUUGAAUAUGCGCAUAACAGAACAAAUCUUCGAUGGAAGUUGCUCAAAUACGCUGCGUGAAGCAAUUUUGAAAAAGCGGCUUGUUGAUUUAGCAAACAUAAUCGAAGAAGGGAGAGUGCUUGAAACGAUCAACUCGAACCAACAGGAGGCCGUUGGCGAAGAUUCUGCUAGUGUAAACAAAGUGAGAAGUGAAAUGAAAAGUGCUGCUCAUCGUUGUUUCCGUUGUGGGUCGUCGGGACAUUAUGCGAAUGACAAGAAAUGUCCAGCCCGUAAGAAGACAUGCGACAAGUGCGGGUUGAUUGGACAUUUUAAAAAGUUGUGCAAAACGAAGAAACCGGCCGUGGAUAAAAAGAAGAAAGUGCGUCAAGUAGCGGAUUCUGAAGAGGAGUCACAUUCUGAGUGCGAAGAUUAUGUAAGCGAUAAUGAGAGUGACGCGAGUGAUAUCUACCACAUAUUUUCGACCGCGACGCGCGAAAGAAAAAAAUUCAGCAGUGGAAGCGACGACAAAUACAACACCAAAGUUAAGUGCCUAGUAGGUGGUGUUCCACUACAGUGGACGGUGGAUUCAGGGGCAUCGGUUAAUUUGAUCGACGAGUACACGUGGAAUAAGCUAAAACAAAAUGGAUGUAAAGUAAGUUUUGAAACGAACGAAACACGGAAAAAAACUGGUAGCAUACGUGAAAUCUUCGUAGUUAAUGGCCAAGGCGCAAGCUUGCUGGGAAAAACGUCUUCAAUUGACCUUGGAGUGCUGAAAAUCAAUUGCGACGUGUUGAAGAUUACGGAAGAAAAAUCAGUGAAAAUUGGAAAAGCAAAGGAUUUGUUGGUGACAAUCAACAUCGAUCGGAAAAUAUACCCGGUACAGCAACCAUGUCGACGAUUGCCAAUACCGUUACAAAAGACUGUGGAUGAAGAAAUCCAGAAACUUCUUGAGCAAGGUAUUAUCGAACCAGUUACAGGUAAGAUCACCUGGGCAUCCCCUUUGGUUGUGACACCUAAAGAUGGUGGACGCAGAGUACGGUUAUGCGUGGACAUGCGCAGAGCAAAUGCUGCUAUCAUUCCCCAGCGCCAUCCAUUACCUACUUUCGAAGAGCUGAUGCCGUAUUUGGAUGGCUGUAAAUAUUUCUCGAAGAUAGAUUUAAACCAAGCAUUUCAUCAGUUGGAACUCGAUCCGGAGUCACGAGAAAUCACUACGUUUGUUUCUACGAAGGGGUACUAUCGUUUCAAAAGAUUAAUGUUUGGAAUGAAUUGUGCCGCUGAAAUUUUCCAACGAGAGCUUGAGAGAAUCCUUAAAGGUUUGGAUGGAGUAGUGCACUUUAUCGAUGACAUUUUAGUAUUCGGACGUUCAAAGGUUGAGCACGAUAGACGAGUAGCUGCGGUCAUGAAGCGACUAAUAAGCUGUGGACUAACCAUUAACGAAGACAAAUGUCAGUGGGGACGGAAGAGCGUUACAUUCUUGGGUCACGAGCUAUCACAAGAUGGUAUAUUACCCACUGAGCAGAAAGUUAGUGCAGUUAAAUCGUUCAGAUGUCCAGAAACAUCAGAAGAAGUACGUAGCUUUUUAGGACUUGUUAAUUAUGUGGGCAAAUUCAUCCCAAAUUUGUCGACUAUCACUACGCCGCUCCGCGAAAUUACACGUAAAGGAGUCAAAUUCCAGUGGACUGAUGAAGCAAACAAAUCAUUCGUUAAUAUUAAGGACGCUCUUUCCAAUCCGCAACAUCUGGGAUUCUACAACGCGGAAAGCGAUACUACGCUAGUCGUCGAUGCAAGCGCGACAGGUCUGGGGGCGGUUCUACUGCAGAGUGAUGAAGGUAAACGGCAGGUAAUCAGCUACGCUAGUAGGAGUUUGUCUAAAACUGAACAGAAAUACUCGGUGUUAGAUAAAGAAGCAAUGGCAAUUUACUGGGGAAUAGGGCGUUUUAAGACGUAUCUGAGAGGGAAAGACUUCACAGUGGUCACAGAUCAUAAACCGUUGGUCAAAAUAUUUUCUGUCGACUCCGCUCCCAACGCCCGUCAGCAAAGAUGGGUGCUUCAACUACAAGGAUAUCGAUAUAAACUAGUGUAUGCUCCUGGAAAAACUAAUAUAGCCGAUCCGUUGUCGCGAUUAGCGCAAUGUAGUGCAUAUCGUAGCAGUGAUCGUGAUUGUGAAAGCGAUCUAUGUGCCACUAUUGAAUGCGCUUUACCGACAACGAUGUCGAUGACGGAAGUCAUCCAAGGGUCAGAAGAUGAUGAAGAGUUCCGGAAAAUACGUGAUGCAAUCAACUCAGGAAAAUGGAGCAGUGAACUGAAGCGAUAUCUGCCAUUUCAAAACGAACUAUGCUGUAUGAAUCAAAUUAUUUUGCGAUUGAAUAAAAUAGUGAUUCCGGAACGACUUCGUGCAAAAGUUUUGGAUCUUGCUCAUAGCGGGCACCCAGGCAGUAAUAAAAUGAAACGUCGAUUGCGAGCAUCCGUGUGGUGGCCAGGAAUAGACAAGGACGUGGAGAAAAGGUGCAAAAUGUGUAGAGAAUGCCAAGCAGUUGGAAGGAGUCCUAAUCCAGAGCCACUUCAAAUUCGAGCUAUGCCAGCGAAGCCUUGGAGUCAUCUGAGCGGGGAUUUCCUCAGGCCGCUUCCUAACGGCAAAUUUCUUUUUGUUCUAGUAGACUACUAUAGCCGGUAUUGUGUUGUGGAGAUAAUGUCUACCACAACAUCUGCGAUGAUAAUACAGCGACUGGAGCGCAUUUUUACUCGGCUUGGACUGCCAGACGUGUUGACUACAGACAACGCAGCUAAUUUCUGCAGUCAAGAGUUCAGGGAUUUCUGCGUAGAUAACGGAAUCAAACUUGCUCACACCACAUCGUAUUGGCCAGCCGCAAAUGGUGAAGUGGAGCGGCAAAACCGGUCGAUCCUGAAAGCGCUAAGAAUUGGACAGAUGAAAGGAGAACUUUUGGAACGUAGUCUACAAGAAUACCUGUACAUGUACACGGUCACACCUCAUUCUGUGACAGGCGUAUCACCAGCUGAGUUAAUGUUCGGCAGAAGGUUCAGAGACAAGUUUCCACAAGUGAGCGAUAACUCAAUAUUAAGGGAUGAGAUCAGGGACCGAGACCUGAUUCACAAGUAUCACGCAAAAAUGUAUCGGGACAAAAGGGUCAAUGCACUGGAAUCAAAUAUCGGUAUCGGAGAUCAGGUUCUUAUGAAAAACCAACAUAGAGUGAACAAGCUAGCUCCGAACUUUCAUGCAAAACCGGCAGUGGUGAUCGGUAGAAAUGGGAGCAGCGUAACAAUUCAAACUGAGGAAGGAGAGAUAUUCCGCAGAAAUUCCUCGCACUUGAAGAGGAUCCACCAAGACUCGAGUAAUCCGCAGAGUGGGCAGAGAAAUUCUACAGGUAUACAGGACGCUACAAGUACGGCUGAUUUAACAUCCAUUAUUGAAGGAAGAACUCAAUUACAAGGAGUAGAUGAAGUGAACCGUAAGCAAACCGAACCCUCUCCUACUCGUAUGACAGAAACUGCGGGGGUUUCAAUACGUCCUAGGCGUCAAUCUAAAGUGCCUGUAAAAUACCAAGACUACGAUAUGUAG